ACAAGCACAACCCCUGAAGUAGAAACCCACCCCACAAGUGAGUGAUCUCAAAGGCUUCUUGAACUCCAACCAAGCUGCAUGAGCUCAGAGCUGCUGCGGGAGUGAGGAGCCGGCGCUGGCCCGGCCGGACCCGCUGCUCCGGGGCAGGGAAGGUUUUUGGGCUUCUGGCAAUCCCCACAGCCAUGAAGUGGAGGUUCCUGUGCAUCGCCUGCCUGCUGGAGCUGGCUGGCUGCACUGCUGGGAGCACCACGGCCACCCCCAGCCCGGCGGGCACGGCCCUGGCAGCGAGGGACAGCGGCACAGGGACAGCCAGCAGUGCCACCGCUGCCAGCACAGCGCCGGGGGACACCAGCAGCGCCAGGCCCACCUCUGCUGGAGGUGCCGCCAGCCCGACGUCGCCGCGGCUCCUGGGGCAGCUGAGGACGAGCCCCCAGCCCAGCCCGGCCCCCACAGCGCUGCCGGGCCCCUCCCUGGGGCUGCCGGGGAGCUCAGGGGUCCCCGGGAGCCUGAGCCCCCCGACACAGCCCCAGGACGGGGCGGACACCCCCGCUCCCCCCAGCCCUGCGGCCACCCCGGAGCGCCCCACUGUGCCAGCCACCACCGCCCCGCGGGCCACCAGCGCCCAGCCGCCCGUCCCUGCCAUCGACUGCCACCGGCGCCCCGGGCAGGAGGGGGACAGCGGGACCCUCUGCCUGCGGCUCAACGAGUCCAGCACCUGCGAGCACUUUUUGCAGAGGAAGGGAUCGGAUUUAUGGCAAGCACUAUGUGAAAAUAGAACCCACACCGUGGAGUCCCCCUGCGAGAUCCAGCUCACUCCAUCCAGCCUGGACAGGGGCUGUUUGCUCCUCAUCCUCAGAGGAGAGGAAGAUCCUGACAAACUGCUGAACACGCUCCAGAAGUCUCACUGGGAAAAGUUUGGAAUAGAAUCCCUUAAAAAGGAGGGUGCGAGGAGCCAGCGGGACCCUUCUCAGAAGACCCUGAUCGCCCUGGUGACAUCUGGGCUGCUGCUGGCGUUCCUGGGGCUGGCUGGAUAUUUCCUGAUGAGGCGGCGCAGCUGGAGCCCCGCGGGACAGAGGCUGGCUGAAGACCCCUACUACACGGAGAGCGGCAGCCAGGGCAACACCAUGCUGAUGUCGCCCUCGCAGGAGCCAGCGGAGCUGCAGGAGAAGCCCAGCCCGCCCAGCCCGCCCAGCCUGAACGGGGCCGCGCAGGAGAACGGGACGGGCUCGCAGAGCGGCCGGCCGGGCCGGCAGCGCAGCCCCGCCGACACCGCGAUGUGACCGGGCACGGCCGGGCUCUGCACCGCCGGGGAAGUGCUGCCUCCGCUAUCGUUAUUCUCGUCUCUGUGAAGGACUCCAAAAUCAGCCUAAAGCACGUGGAGGGCCAGAGCUGCCAAAGAGCAGCUCCUCCUCCUCCUCCUCCUCCUCCUCCUCCUGCUGACCACACAGGACACUUUUUUUGCAGCUGUUCUCUGCCUUUGUUGUCAGAAGAACAUCAGGACAAAUGCCCGUGCCCUUCGCCCUCCCCAGCUUUUAGGCAGAGGCAGUUUGACUCCAAGCAGCCCAGAUUUCUGGUAGCAAUAUGUUAGGCUGACUACAGUACUUAAAUUGGGAUUGCAGUGACAAAAGCCUCUCAGGUUUCAGAUAGUUUUGGUUAACAGAGUUGUUUAUAAUCUCAUCUUUACGUUUAAGUGCAGGAUUUCUUCCUCUUCUGAGACCAUCAGGCAUUUAACCCCUUCCUGUCUUUAGGGCUCCUCUACUGUUUCCUACUCCAGCAGAAUCUGCUGAAGCUGUGUGUAAAACUUUCCACGUGGAAUUGGCUGAAAUGUCAACUUCUUUCUCUUUGAAUCCUACCAGGACUGUGUCCUGAAGGUUUUUUUGGAGGGAAAAAACCUUCCCCAGCCUCCCCCUGCCAGGGGCUGGGGGCUGUGACAGGCAGAGCCAGCAAUUUAUCCCUUGAGUGAGAUGGAGAAGGCUGGGCAGGGCUGUGGGGCUCUGUGGGUCCCUGGGGCUGGGGCACUCUCCCUCUGGCACCUGGGGCAGGAAUUUGGGCAGGAGAGGUGCCAAAGGGCUCCCAGAGGGAGCCGUGGGCCAUGGGAAGUUCAGAGUGGGAAGUUCCAAGGCCAGGAGCAGCAACAGGAGCACUCUGAGCUCUCCGUGCUGCUCCUGCUCCCCAGGGAAGCGCUGCUGGGGCCACCUCGAGCUCCUGGCAGCUCGCUGGGCGCCAGGGACCCGGGCCAGGCUUGUUGCCCAUCCCAAGCACAUUUUUAGGGAGCCAAGCCCCGAUUGUGCCAGCCCCGUGCUGCUGGUGCCAGCCCAGGAGGGCUGGUGGCUCACCACGAGCACCAGCAGCGACCUCCACACCCCAAAUAAGCCCAAAAUUGGCCCUUGAAGCUGAUCCACCCUCUCACGAGUGAAUUCAUCCCAGGCUUCUCUCGGUGCUGAACACUGAGGGGAAGGGUUUUUUUUCUGGUACAGCACUCAAAGCAACGACAGCAGCACCCAUCACCACCUGGGGCUGUUUUUUGUGGGUGCAAGACUCGCUUUAACACAAUUAAAAUAUUCCAGGCUG